GAUGGACUCUCUACCAGUAGGAACGCAGAAGGAAGCUCGUCUCUACAAAAUGGGUUACAUUGAACGCGCGGAUGUUUUGGAUUACAGAAUUUGCUUUGCCGAAAACCAAUACGUUGUUCCUCCAGAAGUACCGCGUUACUUCAUGGAAGCAGGAAUUCUGUCUCUGAGCGUUAAGGGUUUCAAAAUGUUGACCUUUCCCUAGAUAUGAGCUGCAUAUCUAGGGUUGCCCUAGUCCAAGAUGAGAAGAAAGGUGCGUAUGCCUUACAAGUACUUAUGCGUUCUCAUACAUAUCUCAUAAGUGCAAACCUCUAAGAGCAGACCAAACCAAGACUCAGUGAUCGCAAAGUGCAUAAUGGGAGAGCGGUGUGUUGCGGCAGCCACUGGAGUGAAUCUACGACAGGAAAACAUUGGGCAAAUCGUGUUUGGUG